AAAGAAAAAGAAAGAGGAAGAAAGGAAGGGAGAAAGAAAAAGAAAGAAAGAGAGAAAGAAGGGAAGGAGGGAUGGAGGGAGAGAGAGAGAGAAGGAACGAAUGAAGGAAGGGACAAAGAGAGAGAAAUAAAAGAAAGGCAGGCAGGCAGGAACGGAGAAAGGGAAAGGAAGGAAAGAAAGAAAGAAAGAGAAAAAGAACGAAAGAAAGGGAGAGAGAAGGAAGGAAAAAAGGAAGAGAAAAAAGAAAGAAAGGAAGGGAGAGAGAGAAAGGAAAGGAAAGGAAAGGAACGGAGGGAAGAGAGGCGGGGAGGCAUCCACGGCUCCGCAUUCGCCGCCACCCGGCCACUGCUGAGCGAGUCCCCGCCUCGCCAGCGCCGCGAAAAGGGGGUUUAUGCAAAUCCCGGAUGAGAUCAGCCGCGAGCAACUGGCUGCCAACUCCGGAGCGGCGCUCCCUCCCUCGCCAGUUACGUGCCGGGGGGGCAGCGGGACGCGGCGCUCUCGGCAGGGCCGGUUCCCACGUCUCCUUCUCUCGGUCGCUCGCUCUCGCCCGUGCAACUCCCCGCCGCCGCUCCUCGGCUUGGAUACCCGCGGGCGGGCCGGGGCCAAGAGCCGGAGGUGGUCUCGGCGGAAGGGAUUCCUGGGUUUUUCCAGCCGUUUGGGAGCUGGUCGCAUUUUACGCCCCGCUGUUGGAGAGAAGAGCCGAGGAAAAGGCAUGAAAGUUCAGUUAUCGAUGUAACCAGACGUCUGGUCGGAGGCAGGAUGGGACCUAGGAUGCUUUGGUUUUUGCUGCUGGUCUCCGUGGGGACAUCGGAGUUGGAAGAGCACUUUGAUCCAGCUAAGUGUCGCUAUGCGCUUGGCAUGCAGGAUCGCACCAUUCCAGAUGAAGCUCUUUCAGCCUCAAGUUCAUGGCAUGAUUCAACGGCGGCAAAACACAGCAGGCUGGGCCUGAAUGAGGGCGAUGGAGCUUGGUGCCCUGCAGGACCCGUCUAUCCCAAUGAUGCAGAGUAUCUGGAGAUAGAUCUGCGCCGGCUGCAUUUCCUAACCUUGGUGGGGACGCAGGGCCGCCACGCAGGUGGCCACGGCAAGGAAUUUGCUCGGUCUUAUCGGCUCCAUUACAAGCGGGAUGGCCAUCACUGGAUGCCUUGGCAUGACCGGUGGGGCAAUGAGGUGAUUUCAGGAAACGAAAACACUGACGAUGUGGUGUUGAAGGAUCUGGGCCCUCCCAUCAUUGCCCGGUACGUCCGCUUCUACCCCCGUUCAGACCGUGUCAUGAGUGUCUGCUUGCGAGUGGAACUCUACGGCUGUGCCUGGAAAGAUGGCCUUCAAUCCUAUACGGCUCCUUUAGGUCAGGUGAUGCCUUUGGUUCCGGAACCGGUCUACCUGAAUGACUCCACUUACGACGGGUCCAGUGUCAGCAAGUUACACUUUGGGGGUCUUGGCCAGCUGACAGAUGGAGUGGUGGGACUGGAUGACUUCACCCAAACCAAAGAGUUCCGGGUUUGGCCUGGAUACGACUAUGUGGGCUGGAGCAAAAGAUCUUUUCCUGACGGUUUCAUCAAGAUGGAGUUCGAGUUUGACCGACUCAGAUCCUUCACAUAUAUGAAGGUUCACUGCAGCAAUAUGCACACACGUGGCGUGAGGAUCUUUGGGCAGGUGGAUUGUCUUUUCAAGCACAGCCUUGCCACAGCUUGGGAGCCUCUCCCCGUCUCCCGAAAGCUUUCGGUGGAUGUCAGGGACCCCAGUGCCCGCUCUGUCACCAUACCCCUGGAUGGACGAAUCGGCUUGUUCAUCCAGUGCCAUUUUUACUUUGCCGCUGAGUGGAUGCUCUUCAGUGAAAUUGCCUUUCUCUCAAAUGUUGUGGAUGACCCUUCUCUUGCUGUUUCAAGUCAGUAUCCCGCAGUGGUGGCCCCACCUCACCCUUCGGGCCGCAACAUUCCCAUCUCUCCGGCUCUUGGUUCCUCACUCAAUGACAAAGCCGACGGCACCUCGAACCUCACUCAGGCAGAUCUCGAGGGCGAAGCGAAAUCUGGCCAGCCAAUUGCGAAGGAUGACAACAGCAACACCUCCAUCUUGAUUGGCUGCUUGGUGGUCAUUAUCCUCCUCCUCCUGGUUGUCAUAUUUCUCAUUCUCUGGCGUCAAUAUUGGCAAAAGAUUUUAGGAAAGGCUCAACGCCGCAUCUCUGACGAUGACCUCACUGUUCACCUCUCUGCCCCGAACGACACGAUUGUCAUCAACAAUACAAUGAGCUCCAACAGGCACUCCAACCGAUACGAGCGCAUCCUUUCGGGUGAAACAGAGUACCAGGAACCCAACAGAGCACGCAUGAAACUCCCCGAUCUUCCUCACAGUGCCGAGAAUUCUGCUCUGCUGCUCAGCAACCCGGCUUACCAUCUCCUCCUGGCCACCUAUGCCCAGCCAAUGGGAAGGCCUGCUUUCCCGCCACCCAGCCAGGUUAAGCCAAUCAACACCAAUGCAUGCGGGAUUGACUACAUGGAACCAGAACUGGCUGCCAGCCAGCCAAGUUUCCAAAACAACGUGCCACAUUACGCCGAAGCCGACAUCAUCAACUUGCAGGGAGUGACUGGGGGGAACACAUAUGCUGUCCCUGCUGUUGCGGUGGAUGCCCUUGCUGGCAAGGACAUGGCAGUAGGUGAAUUUCCCCGAGAACGACUGAUCUUCAAGGAGAAGCUGGGCGAAGGGCAGUUUGGAGAGGUCCACUUAUGUGAAGUGGAGAACCCCCAAGAUCUGCCCAGCUUGGAGUUCCCUUUCAACGUGCGCAAGGGACGCCCUCUGCUGGUUGCUGUGAAGAUUCUACGCUCGGAUGCCACCAAGAAUGCCAGGAAUGAUUUCCUGAAGGAGGUGAAGAUCAUGUCUCGCCUGAAGGACCCUAACAUUGUGAGAUUGCUGGGUGUGUGUGUGCGGGAUGAUCCGCUGUGUAUGAUCACUGAGUACAUGGAGAAUGGGGACCUCAACCAGUUCCUGAGUGGACAUGAGCUGGAAGACAAGCUGGGUGGCAGCCCCAAUGGGAGACCAACCAUCAGCUAUCCCACUCUGGUCCAUUUAGGGGCUCAGAUAGCCUCAGGAAUGGCAUUCCUUGCCUCCCUCAAUUUUGUGCACCGGGAUUUGGCAACCCGAAACUGCCUGGUGGGUGAAGGUUUCACCAUCAAGAUCGCAGAUUUCGGCAUGAGCCGGAACCUUUACGCUGGAGAUUAUUAUCGCAUCCAAGGCCGAGCCGUGCUCCCGAUCCGCUGGAUGGCGUGGGAGUGCAUUCUCAUGGGUAAGUUCACCAUGGCCAGCGACGUUUGGGCGUUUGGGGUUACGCUGUGGGAAAUCCUCAUGCUGUGCCAAGAACAGCCAUACAGCCAGCUCACGGAUGAAGCAGUAAUCGAGAACGCCGGCGAGUUUUUUCGGCAUCAGGGCAAACAGGUCUAUCUCUGCCGUCCACCCACCUGCCCCUUGGCUGUCUAUGAGAUGAUGUUGAGAUGCUGGGCACGAGAGGCCAAGGACCGCCCAUCCUUCCAACACCUGCACUGCUUCCUGGCUGAGGAUGCCCUCAAUAUGGUGUGAACCAAACUAGCACUGGACAUUGGAGGCUGUGUUAAGAAGUUGGACAGCACCAUAGAGACUGCUGGACUGCUGUGGCUCAGAGGCCAUCAUGCUCCAGAGCAUUUUUGUGGGACAUCUGGUUGUUCACUCUGGCCCAGCCUUUGCUCAUCCAAAUCUCACCAUUCACCUUCCAUUAUGUGGUUCUCUUUCCAAUAUGUGGUUUUAUUUUUGCCUGGUCAUCUCUAACUAACUUAUUUCCUCCCACGAUCCAAAAUGGUUUAUUCUGAAAUUCUUAACCCGAUGGUUUGUUUUCCAUUCUGUUAACUCCUAUUUCUCCUUGUCCUAAACCAGUCUGUUUCAGCUUUAAACCAAUUUGGUGCCUUCCUGCUUUGUCUAGAAACUACAAUUCUCAGUUUUUUAGUAUUUAUCAACCACAGAGUAAGCAACCAAGGGCCCUCCAUGUGUCUGUCCCAUAUUCCGUCAAGAACAUCUGCCGCAAAGGACAGGUGUAAGUCCAAAACAUCUGGAGAACAUGAGAUUGUCUGUAGCCAGAGACCAUGUUGGCUAGAAAGUCUUAGUUCCAGUCUUAGCACAUCUGGGAGAGACCCAAGCAAGGAAGGUGCUCUGUCAAAUGUAGCCCUGUUCAUCCUGCCAUAAUCUGAAGAAAUAUUUUAUUACUUGUUCUUCCAAAUGUUUCUUCUCUUGUAUCAUUCUAGGUGUUUCUUCUGUCCUUUGAUCUCCAGGUUUUCAGGGUGAGCUAAGGAAGCAGGUUUAGUGCCUAAGGUGUUUACUGAAGCCCCCUUUCUCUGUUUUCCUUCUUUCAGCAGCAAACUGGGCACAGUAUAAUGUUCUGAUUGGGCUAAUCAUAUCCUUCACAUCCAUUCAACGCUAGCAGCUCUGUGAGCAGGUCUCCUACAGAAGUGGUAUCCAGCAGGUUCCGGAGAACCGGUAGCGGAAAUUUUGAGUAGUUCGGAGAACUGGCAAAUACCACCUCUGGCUGGCCCCAGAAUGGGCUGGGAAUGGGGAUUUUGCAGUAUCCUUCCCCUGGAGUGAGGUGGGAAUGGAGAUUUUGCAGUAUCCUUCCCCUGCUACGCCCACCAAGCCAUGCCCACAGAACCGGUCGUAAAAAAAAUUGAAUUCCAUCACGGCUGUAAACCCAAAAGACCUCGUUCCCCAAUUUUUAUAGUCAGACCCAUCCCUAAGUAGCCCUAGAUUUCAGCCCCUCGUUGAGAACAUGAGGAGUGGAUAUUCACGUUGGCUUGCUUAGCAGGAGUCUGUAAGGACGGCUGCAGUAAAAUACGUAAACAUUUUGAACAAUCAAGCACAGUGCAACGUUUGCGUUGUGCCACUUUGAAUGCUAACACUCCCCUUUCCCCCCCCCUACCCUCAAAUUGUUUCCUUUAACACUCCAGAGAAAUUGUGAGGGAGCACUCUUUUCCCCUGUCCUUCACACACUCCUUUAGCUUGCCAAAUUAGAUUUGGGGAGUUUGAAUGCUCUUUAAUGGGAUCCUAACAGAAACAUUACACUGGAUUUAUAAGCAAAUUUGGGGUGAUUGUUCCAUCCAUUCUUGAAAGCUUUUCCUUUCCUUCCUCCCUCCCUUGCUUCCGAUUUCAAACUGAAUUGAACACAUAUCUUUUGUGGUUAAAGACUGGAUUAAUUCUCAGCAACCUGUGUAACGUGGUGUGCAAAUCUCUCUACAGAUGUUGCAUAAAAGCAAUUGGUGUUGGUAUGGGGGCUUGGAUGAGAACAUGGGAGUUGUAAUCUAUCAGAACUGGGAAGGAAUAAUGUUCAGCAAGGCUACCCUGCACUGCAAUUCACUAGCAUUGAGGGAAGGGGGUGUAGACUGGAUUUCAUUUCCCCCUUGCAUGAUGGAAGGUUAUGUUAUUAACCCUGGAGAACUCAGUAGUGUUCCACUGUUUGUGUGUGAUGUCUUUCUUCAGAAAGUCUCUGUCUGUCUCUGUCUCUCUGUCUCUGUCUC